AUGCUUGAGCUAGGACACGUGCGUCGAACACUAAGACCGUUUUCGUCUGCUGCAGCCACGGACAAGGUGACGGAACAGGGCGCAAAUGACAAGUAUCACUAUGGUGUGAGCGAGAUGCAGGGAUGGAGAAUAACCAUGGAAGAUGCGCAUACCGCUCUCCUCAACCUCGAAGAGGACGCUCCCGACGGCAACACAUUCUUUGCGGUCUACGAUGGACACGGAGGUUCGGCUGUCGCAAGGUAUGCGGGGCAGAACCUCCAUAAACGCCUCGUCCAGGACGAAGCAUACAAGAAGGGGGAGCUCAAAGAGUCCCUCAAGAAUGCAUUCCUUGGCACGGACGAGGAUAUUCGAUCCAAUCCUGAAUUUUCGAGGGACGCCUCAGGAGCCACCGCGGUGGCGGCGCUGCUGACGAAAGAUGGCAAGAUCUAUGUGGCAAACGCCGGCGACUCGCGUUCGGUGAUCUGCGUCAGGGGCGAGGCGAAGCAGCUCAGCUACGACCACAAACCUCAGAAUGAAAAGGAGAAAAGCCGCAUACAAGCGGCUGGUGGAUACAUCGAGUACGGUCGCGUGAAUGGUAACCUCGCUCUCGCCAGAGCCCUCGGUGACUUCGAUUACAAGAAGAACGCCUCGAUCGGACCCGAGGCGCAGAUCAUCACAAGCGAUCCCGACAUCAUCGAGCACCAGAUCACGAGCGAAGACGAGUUCCUCAUCAUUGCGUGCGAUGGUAUCUGGGACUGCCUAUCGUCGCAGCAGGCCGUCAAUGUUGUCAGACUGCUCAUCUCGCAAGGACGUCGUCUGCCGCAGAUCUGCGAGGAGAUUUGCGAGCUUUGUCUUGCGCCCGAUACCACAACUGGCGCAGGAAUUGGCUGCGACAAUAUGACGAUCAUGAUUGUCGCGAUUCUGAAUGGCAAGACUCAGGACGAGUGGUACAACUGGGUAACAGACCGGGUGAAGAACAAGUACGGAUACCAGACACCCGAGACGCUGCCCCAACUCUACUCGACGAGCCGCCUCAUGUCGUUCAAGGUGAAACGCGAGGCGUACGAGCAGCGCCAACGAGAACGGCGUGAACGAGAGGACCGGGAACGUGCCAACUACAUCCCGGUAAACGACACGACGACAACGUCCCUCUUCGGCGGCUUUGCAAACAUCCUUGGGGGUGAUGGCUCCCUCAUCCUCCACGCAGCUCCCGAUGAUGACGAUGACGACAGCGACGAUGAUGACAUCGAGAGCCAUGGCAUCAAUGCGCGCUCGCUCCUCAGCAGCGCAGGUUUCGGGCGACCGAUUCAGCUCGACAUGACGAAGAGCCUCCGGGAGCAGCUGCAGGAACUAGACGACAUGGGCGCGUUCAACGAGCACGACGUCGACAUGGAUGACCUGCAUGACGAGGACGGCGAGCACGAGCACGACCGUGACGGUCACGGUGAGACGGAGGGUGAGGGUGGGCAUGCGAGCGACCCGGAGUCUCCAACGUACACAUAUAACGGCGCGUCCUCAGGGUCCUCAACAACGCUCGGCUCGCGAGGUGGGGAGACGCCCCCGCCCCCGCCUACGCCGCCAAACGGCGACGCGACGCCUGCCCAGCUCAAGCAUCUGCCGCCCGACAGCGAGGCGCCGAGCGCCGCGCUCAAGGCGGAGGGUUUCCUGGAUUCGAGCGAGAGCCCGCUGAAGGUCUAG